CCUCGCGAUGCGCGAGCAUUACACCUGUGCGGGUUUGCGCGCGAGCAAAGUCUGCGCGUCAGGAGGAAAAAAAGAAAAGUUCCACGAGCGCGACGGUGACGCGCACCGAGAGUUGCGGAGCGUGUGAGUCCUGAAGGGCAAAUAAGAGACUGGAGAAAACGACCUUAUCCAAAUCAAGGUGCAUUUCUCUCAUUCUAAUUUCAUAUAGGCGCAAUAGUAUUCCAUUGCUCAUGUUGACAGUAUAGAUUAUGCAUAUGUCGAACAUUUUAAUUAUAAGAUCUUGUCUCUGACAAGCAAAGCGUCAUCAUGGGUUUUGGUGGGCAUGAUUUCACUGGUGACCUACAGUAGCACGGGAUGCGCCGCACAAAGCUGGUCUGAAAUGCCAGACGGGAGACACAGAGACCUUCAGGAGGCUCAUAACAUCGAUUCUUGAGGAUAUAUUUAUUUGUUACCGGAUAUAUUUCAAAGGACCGUAAGGACGCACUCUAGUGCCGCCGGGAAUUUUCCUGCGAGGGAGCCGGUAUAAAUGAAACGCACGGAAUGCAUGGAAAACUCUCCUGUGAAAUAACAUAUAUUGUGAUUUAUUUUAGCUAGUUAUUUAUAAGAAAAACGCCCUACGACUAUAUAAGCCUCUCAAAAGCCUGAUUUUUAUCUCAAAGAGUCCGCGUUAUGUCUAUUUGUUCAUUUACCUACUUUAAAACUUGAGAUAUUUCAUUUUUGCCGUUUUGUUUUCUCGUUAAACCAUGACAGGUAUGACAAUUGCCUUGUUUUUUGAGAAUCUACUGAGUAAAUUGUCAUUGCUUGGAUUAAAGAUGUUGGAUUCGGAUGUGAAAGUGGAAUAAUCAUUCAUUGAGAAUUGACAACUGUAAGGACUGGACGUUGGACCUGCUAUAUAUUAUUUACGCAACUAUUUCUGACUUUUCUUGGUGAACUCAAACAAUGGGGAUCAAGCUGAGAGUUAUUCUGGGAAUGUUUCAGUUCGUCUCACUUACCAGAAUACCAACACAGUGUGCCAAAACACCGUCAGACCACUGGAUGCCAACAGAGAGCCACAAAUCUGGAGAAGUGGUGAGGUGGUUGGAUGUGUAUCAGAAAAGUGGAUGUCAUCCCAGAGAGACACUGGUGGAAGUUUGGCGGGAGUAUCCGUGGGAGACAAAUCACCUCUUCCUGCCGUCGUGUGUAACACUGCGCCGCUGUGGAGGCUGCUGCUCCGAUGAGGCGCUGGAGUGUGUGCCAUCAAAAACACACACACUUGUAAUGGAGCUCAUGAGGACCUCAUACAUGAAGCAUGAACUUGUGCAGCUGCCUUUUACUGAACAUAACCAGUGUGAGUGCAGGCUAAAAGCAAAUCUGUAUGCAGAACCAACCAGGCAAGGCCCACAGACAACAAGAAAAGGCAGAAAGCGACAAAGGGGGAAACCAAAGCGAAAGAAACACAUGGGGAAAAAGCUGACUCUCGUGCCAACUACACCCCCUCCUCCUCCACCUCCCACUCUACCGCCUAGCUCCGCCCCUCCACCACCUGCCAGAGAGGCGUGUCCACCAUGCCCCGCCCGCAGGAUGACAUCACAGCCUCCCUCUUGUGAAUGCAGGUGUACUUUGAGGGAGGUGAGCUGUACAAAGAGAGGGAAGACACUUAACCAGCAUAGCUGCCGAUGUGAAACCCAAAGCGAAUAGUGAAAUCAAUCCACCCGUAUAAUCCACAGAUCAAAGUUUGCACAGCUUUGAGGAGGUCAAAGGUUUGCUUAUUCUUUUGUCACAGACUCUGAAGUUUGGGUCUCACCCAGAAAGAAGGUUUGCGUUUUGGGAACAAACCACAGACCCACCCCCCUGGCCCAUCUGGCUAUGUCCCACACACCAUUACGGCAGUAUUAGAUCCAUACUCAUUCCCUCAGCACUGUAUAUCCAUAUGUGUACGGAAUGUCAUCAAAUCCUAUCGUUGAAGCUUUUCGUCAUUAUGAUCCAAACUUCAGACCACCUUUAAGCAUUUGACACUGUAUUAUGGACAUUCAGCAGGUCAAGCGUAUCGCUGGAAUAUUGAGUGCUCUAAAAGUGAACGGCAGAGUUCUUUAUCCAAAACCAAUUUUGGGAUUUUGUUUAGCUUCAAUGGAUCCUCAUAAGCACGGACACACAGCUAGUGUGAUGCUAAGGACGACGAGUGCGAUGAGAACUUUCAAAGGGAAAUCUGAAUAAGGAAGGAGUCCUUUUUUCUACCAAACUACUUAAAGUGGAGAGUUUUUGAUGGGAUGGAUGUUGACAGACCUUCAGUGUUGAGAGAACUCAAGUGUUUGGCUACACAAACAGAGUAUCUCAUCCUCUGAGAACAUCCCUGACGUCUCCUCUGACCCUCCGCAUGUGAUAAAUGGACGGGUGGGUCGAUUAGACGGAUCGACGGGUGUCUGUGUGGUCUGAAUUGUGAAUAAUAAGGAUCUGUGCGUCUAUCCUAAUUUAUUCCUAGCCUCUAUAAGUCCAUAAUGUGGCUUCACAGACUGUAUCAAUGAGUCUUUUUGUGUUUGUUUGAUUUGCUUUUUGUUCGGUUCCUUCCUUUGGGAAUUGAAAGCUUUUCCCACUGGCUAGCCAGUGAGAGGAAUGUCAAUCGUAUAGAAACCUGGCUAUAUUCCAUUGGUGCUCACCAAACACAAGUCUUCUUUCUCCCACACCCCCGAUCACACUCAUUUUUCAUCUCUUUCUUCAUGCCUUUUCACUUCGUCUGUCUCUUUUUCAUUCCUUUUUUCCCUCACACACACAGUCAUGCAUACACAUACAAAUGCAAGCAGGUAAAUAUAAGCUUUUCUGUGUUGAUACUGAAAGAAGAAUUUAUUUUAUCUAUCUUAUUCGUUUUGUAAAGAAUACUAAUGUUAUUGUAGUCCAUUUUGUCUUAAAGAAUGUUUCCUUUUGUGUAUCUCUGUUAAUCCAACCUAUAGAGUCAGGCUGGGUGGGCGAACGUGUGUUGAAAAUGAGUAAAGAAGCUCUGAGAAAGUCGUCGGGAAAAGGGAAAUGCCCAUUCUGUGUGUGUUAAGUCAGUCUUAAUCAUCUCACAUCGUUGGGAGUGUGAUGUAUUUAUUUUUUAUAUUGAGAUGCAUUUUGUAUUACGCUUUGCAAUGUUUCUUUCGGGACAUUUAAUCUGCUGCGACUGGUGAUUCGAGAAUAUUUAGUAUUUUUGGCUGGUUUCUUUAGAAUCAUGCAGCUCGGAUAAUGUAGCUGUCAGUCGAUGUUUAGGAUUGUUCGUUUCCAUCAGAGGCCGCGAACGUGAAAGAAUCACUUGUUUUAUUAAUGGUGGUCAUUUAACCAAAUGCUUCUUUCCACCAUAUAUGUAGCAAUUAUUCAAUGAAAUGAUUUUCAAGAGCAAGGCUGACCUCACUUGGAGUGAUUUCUCAGAUUGUUUGUUUAGUCAUUAUCUGCAAUAAUGUAAAUUAUUAAGAUCCCUCAGCACCCUUUCGCUCUUCAGACUACCAGAUAUAAGAUAUCCGUGUGUUAUCUGCAUUCCCGAACUACUGAUCUUUCUUAAAGUCAACAUGAAAUUUCAUUUGAAAUCCAUUUUACCUCAAUAUAUGAUGUAGUUUUAAUGAAACUGGUCUUCAGUGAGAACAAUAUGUAGGGCGGCAAUAGAUUGAAUGGUGCAAUGAAAAAACUUUUCUUAGAAAUAAUUUUCACUCAGAAAGUCCUAGUAAAUUUCACAAAUAAUUACAAUGGCAAGUAACACAUUGGGCCUCAUACAUGAAACUGGCGUAAUUAUAUGAGUAAAUGCGGAGUAAUUUGCACAUAAAACAGACAUUCCCGAAAACUAUCCUCCGGAUUCACAAAUGCUCCGUAAACAUCAGAUUUGAUAGUUAAACGUGUAUGUUAAUGAAUUCUAAUCAUUCGCAAAUAGUGUGCACGUGCACGCUCGUUCACGAUCAGCAUAAUCCGCCUAUGAAUUACGCAAAUUAUGUGACCAGUAAUGCAGUGGAAUCUUCUGGACUCCCUUACAGUGGCUCCAGAAUAUUCCGUAAAUGCAAAAAAGACUAACAUGCCCAAAAGUAAAUAUUUAAAUAACGUGUGUCCACCAAAGUGUUUAGCCAGCUGAACAAAAAAAUCCAGGCUUUUGAAAACUAGUGAUGCAAAGUCCGAUUUAUUUAUUUUUAGGACAGUUCGGCUCAGUGAACUGGUUCAAAAAUUUGAUUACACGGUUACAUCAUCAAUAUGUCACUAUGCAUUUCUUUUCAAACAACUCGGUGUUGUAUCAAUUAAACAUUCAAAUGCGCACCUAUCUCACAUCACUGAUACACAAACACUGAUACAAAAUAGACAAAAUACAAGACAAAUUGAAUUUAUUUGGGUGAAUACAGCAUAGUUUACAAUAUUACAUACAUUUUAACUCGUUUAACAAGCAUUUUAGACAUAAAAAAUGUAACAUUUAAAAGUCAAAUUUUAAUUUUAGUGUUUUCAAGCAUUCUCUGUAAUUGCUUUUUACCGAAAUAGUGCUAAUUCUCAUGCCGGUGUGCUGCCGAAAUCUGAGCCGGUGAAGGGCCUUGCGUUUCACUCGUAGCUGAAAGAUGCCGUGACUCCAAAACCUGCCCGUAAACAAACAGUACUGACAUUAGAAAACCUAUUUUAAUAUCAAGCUAAAUUAAAUUCAGUACAAUAAGGGAUAAAAUCCAUUUAUUUUAUGCAAGGCAAAAGGUGUUUCCAUCAUGUGAAGUGACCGCUGACUGACAUCUCAUCCUUGUAUGUUGUGUUGCAUGAAAUAGUAUAAUCUACAGCACAGUAAAGAUUUUAUAAAUGAAAUAAAAUGUAUACAAACCUUUAUUUCGCUGAAGACGUGUACCAAAUCGGCGGCGCUGAGAACCUCUCUCUCCUGUAGAGGACUCAAAAAGACUGUAACUCAGCAACUGGGUUAUUUCAUCAGAGACAGGCUCAACCCAGCGGUUUGGUAGUAAAAAAUAACCCAGUGUUAGAAAUGACCCAGCAACUUAGUUACAGAAAAACUACCCAGCACCUGUAAAUAUUAAAAAUAACCCGAUAAAAUGACCCAACAAGUUAAAGCAUUUGGAUAAAAAAAAAUAACCCAGCUAGAGUGCAGUAUAUUUUGCCUGUUAUUAAAGAAGCUUAGUGUCAGUAACUCACCCGUCAGGAUCCUCGGUAAUCAUCUGCAAACUUUCAAACUUUUCUGACAUUUCGUUGAACUGGCUCAUUCAGUUCUUUUUUAGUCAGACGUGCUCCUUCAGUUAUGCGUCUUGCAUCAUCAACUCGGAACUAAAUGUUCGAUUCAAUUUUGUGAACCGGAUCAAAAGAACGAUUUGUUCAAUAAUCGAACAUCACUACUGAAAACAGCCAGCUGGUGGUGCUUAAAAAAACUUUGGUGGCACACUAUUUUUUUCCAGUUGCUUUCAUUGCUAUGAUCCACAGCAGUAACUUAUUACUAGUAUCUCAUUUUGAAGAAUAUUACUGAAUAUUAAAAUAAAUUAACCAGCAAUACUAACUUCUCUACUGCUGUUCGGUCAUUGUACAAGUAGGAUGGUUGAUCGGUGUAGUAUUUGUCCUGCCCCUCCUCCACUAAUUGGACGGCUGAUUAAAAAAAUGACAUUUACACUCUAAAAAUAAAGGUGCUUCAUGAUGCCAUAGAAGAACCUUUUUUCUCUAAAUGGCUCCAUAAAGAACCUUUAACAUCUGAAGAACCUUUCUGUUUCACAAAAGGUUCUCUGUGGUGAAAGAAGGUUCUUCAAUUAUUAAAAGGUAAGAAAGAGAUGGUUCUUUAAAGAACCUUUGACUGAAUGGUUCUUUGUGGAACCAAAAAUGGUUCUUCUAUGGCAUCGCUGUGAAGAACCUUUUAAAGCACCUUUAUUUUUAAGAGUGUAUGAGCACUGUGUUUUACCCGCUGAGCGCUGUGUUUUUUGGUAGGGUGUAGGUGUACAUUUGUUUUGUACCAACUAACGUUUUGAAAAUACAGACAUUUUCUUGAAUAGUGUUUCACUCAGCCAUACUGGUGGCACAGAAUGUAAACAAUGCCACUGAAGUGAACAAAAAACAUUUGUAGUACUAUAGACUGCAAAAAAUUAUAACAAAUCGAGGAGAAAUGUGCAAAAAACCUGGCUGACCAAACUGAACCAUGAUUUCCAGGGCAAGAAUCUUAACAACAUUUAUGAUUGUUCUUAUCAUUUCCAGUCAGGUAGGUAAAAUAUUAGGCUAAUAUCUUAAUUAAUACAGCUUGUAUGUGUAUCUUUACCACCUAUUAACUUUAGUUCGUCAAAAUAUUGUGUCCUUCUCUAUUUGAUAUAGCAGUGUCCACACGCUUUUUUCUGUGGUUUAGACAACAUAAAUUAUCAGAAUAACAUAUUCAGUAGUAUAUUAACCCUGCAAUCCAUGCUGCUGUUUAGCCUACAUCCGAGUAUCUCCAAUAUGCCCGCGUAUCCGGAUAACUGACCAAACCAUGAUGUAAGUGCAAACGCACAUUUUAUGUAUUCUUUUAUGUCAGAACGGCUUUAGAACGAUUUACACGCACACAAAAAAUCGUUCUGCUUGUGUUUCAUGAAUGAGGUCCAAAUAAUUUGUGAAUUUUUUAUGUAGAAAAACUGAAAUAGUAUUUUCUUGUAAAACAUCAACUGUUUCAUUUACUACUUCGAAAAAAUAAAUAUAUUGUUUACAUUGUGAAAAGUGGGUGUUCUAAAACAAAACAUAACUAAACCUGAAUGUUAGCAUCAUCAAUAGCUCAUAUGGCCUAAGUGGCAUAAACGGGAAAGGAAAGUUGUUUCAGAGACAGGGUACACUGUAAAAAAUAAAAAACACAAUUUGUUGAGUCAGCUUAAAAUAAUUUGUUACCCUGCUGCCUUAAAAUUUUAAGAUCAGUCAACUAAAAUAAGUUUAGUCAACUUGAAAUGUUAAGUUGUACUAGGUAACAACUUAGACAUUUGUGUUUGCUAAACUUAACAGAUGGGUAAGUAACCCAGCUGCCUUAAAAUUGUAAGUUGAUUCAACUCAAAUAUCCAAGUUGUCACUUGGUGUAAUUUAACAUUUCAAGUUGAAUAAACUUGUUUUGAGUUGACUGAACUUAAAAUUUAAAGGCAGCCAGGUUACAAAUUAUUUUAAGUUGACUCAACAAAUUGUUUUUCACAGUGUAAGUUAUUUUUAAUGUGAGAUACGAAUGCAGAUAUUAUGUUCUUUAGAUUGACAUGCAUGUGCAAGACCAUAAAUGCGUAAAUGCACGUAAAUAGGGUUGAUUUUGAGUUCAUGUUGACUUUACGGUCUUUUCGGUGUGAACUGGUCAAUAUGAUGUCCUGUUUCCUCGUCUAUGCUUUCCUUUAAACCUAUUGCCGCUGCGAAAUGUUCCGUGUGAAAUAUCCUGUGCUUUAAACGUAGCAUUUUCUCUCUCUCAACAGUAACAUAUAUCAACUACCUCUGUGUCUGUAUAGUUAGCGUAACUACCACAUUAGAAAUAGGCUAUAGAACCGUGAAAAUAUAUAAAACACAUACACAGAAUGCAUACCAUAUGAAUGUACCGACAAAACUUCAGUGUUUCCAUUCUCCUCUGUGUAAAGAUAUUUCCAGAAUCCUGUCGCUUCGUUCCGAGAUUUUGUGCGUAGAACUGUAUCUGAUAUCCGAUAUGUAUCCAGGUAGAUCAAAACCCACCAGAACCCAACCUGUACCACAGUCUAUACAUGAUAUAAGCUUUGAGUGUUUGUUUGAACGUAAUUAAUAAUGGUUAUUGCUGCUAUACCAUUUGUGCCCGAUUCUCUUGUGUGUGAACGUGUGUAUAAUAUUUGUUACAGAGAGACAUAUCCUGCUCUGCUUUAUGUCUACAAUGUGUAUGCAUUCAAACGUAGGUCUGAUCACACAUACAGUAUAUACAAAACACAACAGCCAUAAAGCAAUGUGCUAUAUAUUAAUAUAAAUAAAGUGAAAUGUCUUAUUUUUGA